GAAAUCCCUCCACAAAAUAAAAACCACAUCACACACAAUUCUGCAGUCUCUUUCGCGAAACGUUUGUAUCACGGGAGGUAGAAGGAAGUAGGAAGUCGUAGCUGUUGUUGAAGGAAAGGUUGUUAUAUUUUCCAAGAACGGGAAUUUAAGAAGGAAAAAAACAAAGGAAAUUUGUUCGACACAUAAAUUAGUAGCCAUGUCUUCAUUAUCUCGUCGUGCUUGCUACAAGUGCGGAAACGUUGGUCAUUAUGCUGAAGUUUGCGCUUCUGCUGAACGCCUUUGCUACAACUGCAAGCAACCUGGACACGAAUCGAAUGGUUGCCCAUUGCCAAGAACUACCGAGGCUAAGCAGUGUUACCACUGCCAAGGCUUAGGACACGUUCAAGCUGACUGCCCAACUUUGCGUAUCAGCGGAGCUGGAACCACCGGUCGAUGCUACAACUGCGGUAUGCCUGGCCAUUUGGCUAGAGCUUGCCCAAACCCAAACAACGGAAUGCAAGGUCCUCCUCGUGGACUUGGUGCUCCUCGUGGUGGAUUUGGCGGCGGAUUUGCUCCUCGCGGUGGAUUUGCUGGCGGACCACGCCCAGCCACUUGUUACAAGUGUGGUGGUCCAAACCACUUUGCCCGUGAUUGCCAGGCUCAAGCCAUGAAGUGCUAUGCAUGCGGAAGAACUGGACACAGCUCCCGUGAGUGCACUAGCCCCAACGGUGGUGUUAACAAGGCUGGAAAGACUUGUUACACUUGUGGAACCGAAGGUCACAUUGCUCGUGACUGUCCAUCGAAGGGUCUCAAUGAUAACCUCGCUGGAGAGGGCGGUGCCGGCAUAGUUAGCAACAUGGAAGGUGCUUCAAUCGCUCCAGUUGCAGCUCCUGUUGCAUAGGUCCCUUUACUAGGGAUGCCAUUGUUCGAUAGGCCUCGAUGAACUAUCGAUCAUUGCUUUUACACUGGUUCAUCGUAUUUUGUCUCUCAUUUGUAAUUUGGACAACAUCAAUUGAUCCAAGGCCGUCUACUCGUUUUCUCGGUGUGCGAAGAUCGAACAGCAUAAUAAGCAUUAUAUCAAAACCUUACGGAUUGCUUCUUUUCGGCGCUUAGUCAUUCCCCAUGUUUCUUUUGAUAUGUUCUACAAAAAAAUUAAAAAAGCAUUUUUGCACGCGAUAUCCAUUUCCUAUACCCUUUACGAACUGGCAACCCGGUAAAUACCUACAACAUUACCUUUGACGACGUGGAACCAUUAUUUUCUGUGGUUUUCAUCUUACAAGAUAGAUUUCAAGAUUUUUGGGCGACUUGCAAAGCAAAAGCAAACAGGCGAAAAGUUCUUUUCUAUCUUAUUUUUAAUGAUGUGAUGUUAUGAACAAACAAUGGGUUCAAUCUCACAUAUGAUCUAAUCACAAAGCAAGCAAGAGGCUGUGAGGCACGAAUGGUUGGAGAGUUGGUCUUUGUUGGAGGUGAAUUCCAAACGACAAUAAGAAACAAGUGAUAAGAUGUUUAGUUGGACGGGCGAUGAACGAUUUGAGGAGAUCCCAAAGGAAAGGAACGGAUUUAGGCUUGAGAGCACCUGGGCUGGACUGGGGGCUUGAGUCUGAAUUGGUGGAUUGAGGGACGUAAAGGAAAAGAAAGACUUUUGUUGAUCGAUCGUCGUUUGUUGACUUCUUUUUAUGUGCUUAGGGAUGCUCUUGAAUGGGGUGGGUGUGUAGAGAUUCAAGGGGGGGUGGAAUAGGAAUGGGAAUUGAGUGAUGCGAUUGUUCAAAAAUGAGUUUUAUAAGAUUUGAUGCGAAGUGAUGAUAUGAUGUGAUGUGUGAAGUGUGAGAUGUAUGUGGAUAUGUAUGUUUGUGUAUAUAUAUAUGUAUGUGUAUGUUUGUGGUUUUGGAUAGUAGGUGAGAUGGGGUAUGAGUGGAAUGAAAUAAAAUAGAGUGAGUAGGGAGGGGUUUAGAAGUA